GAACGUUGUGUCUCGUAGAAAAAAAGUAUUUUUACAAGCGAAUAUAAAUAUUCGAAAGCUUGGAUCGUCGACGUUAUCGCGAGAGAAUUUCUGAGUGGUUCACGUAAAACUUUCCUAUAAAUAAUCAAUUUCGCUUCGAACAAUGUCAGACGAUGAAGAUUAUAUGUCUGAUAAAUUUCUACAAGAUACCGAACGAAAUGUCUCGUCGAGUCUUAUACACAGACGUUCUGAUAAAAGAGAAUUUGCAUUAAUGAAGAAAAAGGCUGAAAUUCAAUCUAGGAAUAAGUCAAUACAUGUAGUCGAAGCAGAAAAAAGGGAGGAAGGCUUGUCAUCUGCUAUUACUAGUACAAAUAAAGGUUUUGAAAUGUUGAUGAAAAUGGGGUACAAACCUGGUCAAGGUAUAGGCAAGACUCAAUCAGGAAUGACUGAACCAAUUUCUGUGGAAGUGAAAGCGGAUAGACAAGGUCUAGGCAAAACAUUAAAGAAAGAUACAUAUAAACCUAAGAAUACAAAUGCAAAAUUAAAUAAUAUGGAUACCAGAGAUUUCCGUAACAGGUUAGCCCAAGAAAAGGCAGAGCAGCUGCAGAAGAUCGAUUUGUACAAAAGUCAAAAGGUGUGUCAAGAAUUGGACACUAAAGAAAACGUUGAAAAACCUGAAGAGUCAUGGUUUUGGGUAGAGAAUAAAGAAGAGAAAGAAGAUGAUGAUACUGAUGACGAUAUCGAAGAUGACCAAGUUCUCAGUAAUUUAGAAAAACUUGACAUUCUUACUAAAUAUUUAAGAAAAAAAUACUUUUACUGUAUCUGGUGCGGAAUGAAAUUCAAUGAUGAAGACGAUUUAAGAGAUAACUGUCCGGGAAGUACAAGAAACGAUCAUUGAAUACGUUAAAUAGAAUAUUAUUUUUAUAAUGACUUAAAU